GUUUGGACGUUCUAAUUUCUGAUCUGGUCUGAGAUCAGCAGCAAUAACAGAAAAUAAUAAUACUCACCCUGAAGCCAGUGGAGGGAGGGUCCGGCCCCAACAGCAGCCGCCUACAGCUUGCAAUGGUGCAUAUCUUCUGAGAAGAACAGACACACCACCACCACCUCCUGCAUCUUUUUUUUUAAUUUCCAUUUAUAAUAUUGUUGUUGAUUUUAAUUAAAACUACCUCACAGACUGCCUAAAGCUGGUGCUUUACGAUAUUUAAAAAAAUCUUGUGGGUUUCUUGCGGUGUUGUUUACAAAAUAAUUGCUGACAUUAAAGGCAAGGCAUUUGCACUGAAGCCAAGUGAAGAACCUCAUGAUUGCACUAUACAUAACUCAACUCAGCUAAGCUUUCGCUAGGAAAGAAGGGGUUCCUGCCCUUCAGAAGGACUCGUCCACUCAGACAGGACUCUGAAGUGUAACUCUCCCACCAGCAACGUCCAUCUCCGUGCUCUGAGGCGGGCACUCGACGCUGGGUUUUUCUUCUCUCUUCACAUCAAAGCUCACCUUGGAAACCAUUCCCCAGCCAUGUUCCAACGCCUCACCAGCCUCUUCUUCAGUGACAGCAGCACACCUGAGGGCCUGGAGGAACCCAAACCCUUUGUCUCUGAGGAGGAGGAAGAGGAUGGAUGGCUCAUUAUUGACCUUCCAGCUAGUUACACUUCAGCCCCAAGCGAAGAGCAGCGGGUAGGUGAGAGGGAUUCCGUUUGCACUUCCCAGUCCUGUCCUGGGUCCCCCCCACCUACCACUUCGUCGCCCCACUCACUCAGUGACUGUGUCGACAGGCCCGUGCCCUCCCAGCCAGACCCCUGCUUGAUGGACGAGAGUUGGUUUGUCACCCCUCCCCCCUGUUUUACUGCAGAAGGCCCCGACCCCGUCAGGUUGGAGAGCAACCCCAUGGAGGACCUCUUGAUCGAACACCCCAGCAUGUCCGUCUAUGUCACCAGCAACAGCAUUGUGGUGGAAAGGGAGAGCCCUGACGAACCGAUCAGUGAAGGGGAUGUGCCUGAACCCCGGCUGGAGCGCCGCACCCCGCACCACCUCACCUCUCUCACAGCGAAAGCUGCCAUCUUGGAGAAGGUCAGCCAAGUCCGUCGGAUCCAGCGGGCAAAGCAGCUGGUGGAGAAGCACAAGCUCAGUCAGAAGGUCAUGCAGCGGCAGAACCGCGCCAGAGAACGCCACCCCCGGCGGGCCAAACACCAGGGCAGCUUUGUCUACCAACCAUGCCAGCGCCAGUACAACUACUAAACUACUUCAGGAAGUCUGCACCGGGGGGCAUUACCCUUUUAACUCUCAAGCUUCACGUCCCAUCUUGCGAUGCUUUCUCCAGGGGAGGUGUCUUCAUCCUUUCUCUGGAAUAAACCUACCCCAUGAGAGACACUUUUCAAUUUCUUCUGAACUGGUGAUGCUCCACAGCAGAUCCUUGCUGGGCUCUCCUUCGGUUUCACUCCCCUUUUUACACUAGCGUAUACUUACUUACCUAUUAUUUUCUUCCUUCUCCACUUCAAUACCUUGCACUCCCCUCUUCCCCACCACUGCAGCUUUUGCUCUGGUGCUGAGCAGGAGAGAAGGCCGGCACAUCACCCUCACGUAACCUAACAACGCUGGGGGACAGCUUUUAAAUGUCAAGAAACGAUUUAAAAGAAUCAGCGCUAAAGUGUCUGGAAAAACUUGUGUCCAACCAGUUAUCCUCGGGAAAAUGAUUUCUGAUGGGAGGUAUUUCCCCAGCUCCGCACCUCCCUCCCCAAUACUUGAGUAAGUUCUUCCAGCUUCUCUUGCAACGGUUACCAGUAUUUGAAUCCGAGUUUGGUGUUCCCAGUGAAUGCUCUACUUUUCACUAAGCUUAACACCAACGUUACGCUGAAUUUAUGGGAGGGUGAAGAUGCCCCAUCAUUUCCUUUGUCCCUUGCCAUUGUGUUGGGAGCCUGUGACAUCAGUGCCUUUCUUUAUGACAUCACACUCUUCUCCAUGGAACAGAUUGUGAUGUCACAAAUGGAGAUACCAGGUUCAAGUGCAAACCGGAACAAAUUAACAACAAAAUUGGCCCAAAUUCCAGGAAAAUGUAACAAUUUAUGUGGAAUAAGGACGGCCUCCCUCCCCCUUUAAAAACUGGAUUGUAUAUUAGAUCCUUUCUUUGAAUUAACCUGGGAGCUGGGAUUGUGGUGUCACUGAUGAUCCUUGCUUGCAUGCUUUUAUUAUCUAGCAGUCUGUUCAGAGGUGCCAUG